CUCAGAGGAUCGGGAGCUCUGCACUUGCUCAGGAUUGACCCAAAUCCACGGAGCAGAUGCCCGGGACUAUCCCACCUUCCUUGGUUUGGUGUCCGACAAUGGUUCCGUCUCACCAGGCCUCGAUUUCCAGCGCAUGCUGAGGAUCAACCAAACACUGUACAUUUCUGCAAGGGACUAUAUCUAUUCCUUUGACCUGGGCAGGAGUCCUCAGGACGUCCUCACUCCUCGCAGCAAAGUCCAGUGGAGGACCAAGGCUAGCGAUAUGCAGAACUGCGCCAUGCGAGGGAAGCAUCGAGACGAGUGUCACAACUUCAUCCGGGUCCUGGUUCCUCGCGACGACCGGACGCUGCUCGCCUGCGGGACCAACGCUUUCAACCCGAUCUGUCGGAAUUACAAGAUGGAGUCCCUACUGCAGGAGGGUGAAGAGGUCAAUGGGCAGGCCCGUUGCCCAUUCGACACCAGGCAGACCAACAUCGCCCUCUUCGCUGAUGGGAACCUGUACUCAGCGACGAUGGCGGAUUUUCUGGCCAGUGACGCCGUGAUCUACCGCAGUCUCGGGCCGGACCCCGUCCUCCGUACGGUCAAGUACGAUUCGAAGUGGCUGAAAGAACCUCAUUUUGUGCACGUCAUAGAAUACGGCCACUUCGUCUAUUUCUUCUUCCGAGAGAUUGCCAUAGAAUACACCUUCCUGGGCAAGGUCAGUGCAGGG